CAGUUGCUGCAGCAAGGAGUGUUUACAAAAUUCCGCAUGUUUCCUUGCAUUGUUUACCAGCGUCACAAGAACUGAAAACGAACGAAUUUCUUGUGCGGUGCUACUUAGAACGAUAAUGGGUAAGAAACGUCCAGCCGGUGGUGCGUCGGAGGCACAUAAUGGAGAAUACGAUUUGCCAGCCAAACACAUGAACACUAGCCACAUUCGCGCGAACGAGCGAAGGUUAAUCAUCGUACUCGAAGGAGCUCAGCUCGAGUCGGUUAAGGUUGGAGCAGCAUUUGAACUACUGAACUGUGACGAUCAUAUUAAUAUAUUGAAGAAAAAUAAUCGUGAUCCGGGAAGCUGCCGACCCGACAUCACACACCAAUCGCUUUUGAUGCUGAUGGAUUCCCCUUUGAAUAGGGCUGGAUUGUUGCAGGUAUUCAUAAAAACGGAAAAGAAUGUGCUGAUCGAAAUAGAUCCACAAACGAGAAUCCCACGAACCUUCAAACGAUUUGCUGGCCUUAUGGUACAAUUGCUUCAUAAAUUUUCGGUAAAGGCAGCGGAUUCACAGAAAAAGUUAAUGAGAAUCGUUAAAAAUCCCAUCACUAAUCAUGUGCCGGUUGGAUGCCGUAAGAUAGCGAUGUCCUACAGUGCUAAUGAGGUAAAAAACGCCAAGGAACUGGUGCCGGAGAAGAAUGAACCGAUUACUUUAGUGAUAGGGGCGUUUGCCCAUGGAAAUUUGAAUUUAGACUACACGGAAGGUGCAGUAUCAAUCAGCAACUAUCCCUUAUCGGCCGCAUUAACAUGUACAAAAGUAUGUUCCGCAUUCGAGGAAGUGUGGGGUAUAAUAUAGAACAAUAAAGCGAGACAAUUAUGUCACUGGAUUUGCUAGCCUUUUUUGUAGGCUUCAGCUCAAGUGUUUCGUGAGUGAAUAACUGAUUUUGAACGGUUUGAUCAAGUUGUCACAAAACCGGAAGUUACCCUUGCUACAUCUUUCUUUCAGUUGAUACAGUUUUGCGACGUGUACACAUAACUUAUUUCUACCAAUGGUGUCUGACCUAACUAACGAGGAAUGUUUUGCUUUAUAUCUUCUAAUUCAAGUUAUUUUCAUGUUCUUGGAUGUAUUUUCACCAUUUCGGUAAACUUUAUAGAGAUUAAAGAUUAUUUGAUGGCAUGCGAUGGAGUGGCUUUUUGAAUUCAUUUUUCAAAAACACACUAUGGGCGCUGUGAGCUUCGGCCAUAAUUUGCACCGCGAUGACAGCUGACAUCCUCGACUGUCAGUAUCUACACACCCAUUAUAUUGCAUUUCCGUCUCUGGAUCGUGACUAACUUUUUCUCGCAGAAAAGACUGGUGAAACUUUCGAUGUCUCUUUAACGGCACGCAGAUAAUCCGAAGACGGUGAAUAUCUUUCGAGGCUGAAUUUGUAUGAAAUGGGAUAUAUGCAGCUAACUAGCAUAGCGAGCCUGGUGGGAUGAGUGUGCUGGUUUAGUUGGAAAAGUAACAAAGAAGAAAAAAAACCUUGAAAAGACGCAAGUGCUAAUGAAUCGAGAGCUCGUUUGUCCCGUCCCCAACCCAUUCAUCACCACCUUCUGACGAAGUGAUUUUCAUUUGUGCAAUAGUGUUGACGAUUUUUAAUAUCGCCUACUUGAUUAGCGUAUGAUUGAAUAAAAGUUUAAAAUCUUGGAAGAGAUUAGUUACAGCAAAA